GGAAGCUUGGUUGUGGCUCCCUCGAGCGAGAGCUGAGUCUUUGACGGUUGGAGCCGGGGACAGGAUGGCUGAUGAGGAGGAGGAUCCCACUUUUGAGGAAGUUAAUGAAGAUGUGGGAGGAGGAGCAGAUGGUGGACAGGGUAAAAGAAAAAGACUUUUUUCUAAAGAAUUAAGGUGUAUGAUGUAUGGCUUUGGCGAUGACCAAAAUCCGUACACUGAGUCAGUGGAUAUUCUGGAAGACCUCGUCAUAGAGUUCAUCACUGAGAUGACUCACAAAGCAAAGUCUAUUGGACGACAAGGUCGAGUGCAGGUUGAAGAUAUUGUCUUCUUGAUUCGAAAGGACCCAAGGAAGUUUGCCAGAGUUAAAGACUUGCUUACUAUGAAUGAAGAACUGAAACGAGCUAGAAAAGCUUUUGAUGAAGCGAACUAUGGAUCCUGACAUCUUUUAUGUUCUCCAAAGUUUCCCUAUCUUUUAGGACAAGUGUGUGUAUACUAGAACUAUGUAUUUUUCACCUUGCCAAAAAUGAAGGGUCCUGAUGUAAUUUAAGUACUUCUUACAAUUACCUUAUUACAUGGAUCCAAUUGACCAUAUAAAUGGGAAAUGAAACAACACUUCAUUGCUGCCUUUACUUUGAUUUUGUGGAUUCUAAAAGUGGUAUUUAGGUAUUGAAUUGCUUGCCUCUCUUUGUUAUACUUGAAAUUACUCAUUGGUUUUAACAACAUGGAAGAAGCUAAAAUAUCCUGCAAACUGUGCAGAUCACCCUGUCUUUUUGAGGUGACAAAGACAAUUUAAACUAAGUAUAUUCUGGUCUCCUUUUUGCCCCUGAAGUUUUCUAUUAUAGCAUUUUGAUAUGUGAAAUCUAAAAAUUAGCCUUUUUGGUUUUGCAAUUUGUAAAACUAAUUUCAUGGCUACUUUCAAUCUCUUAGAAGAUGAUGGUUUUGUGGAUUGUCCCAUGCUCCGUGUUGGGUUAUAUUCUUAAAGUGUUAGUUUCACUUAAGGAAAAGAGUUCCAUAUUAUUUGCAUAAAGAUUAUUGCAAAAACAUUUUCCUCUUUUUUUAGAUUUCUUAAAAGUAUGUUUUCUUUUCUUUCAU